CCCAUACUGUGGUGGUUGUUACCUACAUCACCGUGAGCCGAGAAGUCUGUUGUCCGGAAAGGGGACAGUCGGCUUGGAAAAGGACCAGGGACUCUUCCCAGGAAGAGGCCAGGACAGCGGAACCAGAGAGUGUCCACCAUUUUUCCUUCAAGGGACAAUGACUCAGGCCCUGGGAUCAGUGUCUUUUCAAGAUGUGACUGUGGGCUUCAGCUGGGAGGAGUGGCAGCAACUGACCCCAGCACAGAGGAUGCUGUACAGGGACGUGAUGCUGGAGAACUACAGCCACCUGGUGUCUGUGGGAUCUCCAGUUCCUAAGCUAUAUUUGCCUUUCAAGUUGGAGCGAGGAGAUAAUCCAGGAAUGUUUGAAGGGAAAAUUCCUAGUGAUCCUUGCCCAGAUGAAGAAUUUAGACUUAGAACCACAAAAGUGGGAAUUACUGGAGAAUGUUUAUUCCCUUUUGAGGUCAUGGAUCAGUUCACAAGGGAUGCUUCACUUUGCUCCAUUAUAGAAGACUGGCAACUCAUGGCAAACCAUGGUAAAUUUUUUGGUCAACUUGGUGGUACAUCAGAACCUAAUAUGCAUCAGAGAAAUCAUACAAAGGUAAAACCUUAUGAAUGUUCUAAAUGUUUGAAAGCCUUCUCUCAGAAAGCAAGUCUUGUAAGGCAUCAGUUAAUUCAUACCGGUGAGAAACCCUUUGACUGCAAUGAAUGUGGAAAAGCCUUCAGAAGUAAGUCAGAACUCAUUAGACAUCAGAAGAGUCAUAUUGGGAAUAAACCCUAUGAAUGUGCAGAGUGUGGAAAUGGCUUUUCUUGUAAGGCAGAUCUCUUGACACAUCAGAAAAUUCAUACUGGAGAGAAACCCUAUGAAUGUACUGAGUGUGGAAAAGCCUUCUCAUUUAAGUCAGAUCUCCAGAAGCAUCAGAAGGUUCAUACCAGAAAGAAACCUUAUGAAUGUACUGAAUGUGGGAAAGCCUUCUCCCUAAAAGCACUCCUUAUUAGGCAUCAGGUAAUUCAUACUGGUGGGAAACCCCAUGAAUGUAAUGAGUGUGGGAAAGCUUUCAGCUUAAAGUCAGAACUUGUCAGACAUCAGAAGAUUCAUUCUGGGGAGAAGCCCUAUGAAUGUAGUGUGUGUUGGAAAGCCUUCUCCCAGAAAGGAAACCUCAUCAAGCAUCAGUUAAUUCAUACUGGUGAGAAACCACAUGGAUGUAAAGAAUGUGGGAGAGCCUUCAGAAGUAAAGUACAACUCAUUAGUCAUCAGAAGAUUCAUACUGGGAUGAAACCCUAUGAAUGUGCAGAAUGUGGAAAGGGCUUUUCUCAUAAGGCAAGUUUCCAGACACAUCAGAAAAUUCAUACUGGAGAAAAACCCUAUGAAUGUGCUGAGUGUGGAAAAUCCUUUUCAUGGAAUUCAGAUCUCAGGAAGCAUCAGAGAAUUCAUACUGGGGAGAAACCCUAUGGAUGUGCUGAAUGUGGAAAGGCCUUCUCAUGUAAGUCAGUUCUCAGAGAGCAUCAGAAAAUCCAUACUGGAGAGAAGCCCUAUGAAUGUACCGAAUGUUGGAAAGCCUUCAGCAGGAAAUCAAAACUAAUCAGACAUCAGAGGACUCACUCUGGAGAGAAACCCUAUGAAUGUACUGCAUGCUGGAAAGCCUUCUCCCAGAAAGGAUACCUCAUCAAGCAUCAGUUAAUUCAUACUGGUGAGAAACCACAUGAAUGUAAAGAAUGUGGGAGAGCCUUCAGAAGUAAAAUAGAAGUCAUUAGACAUCAGAGGAUUCAUACUGGGGAGAAACCCUAUGAAUGUGCAGAAUGUGGAAAGGCCUUUUCUCGUAAGGCAAGUCUCAAGACACAUCAGAAAGUUCAUACUGGAGAAAAACCCUAUGAAUGUGCAGAGUGUGGAAAAUCCUAUUCAUGGAAUUCAGAUCUCAGAAAGCAUCAGAGAAUUCAUAUUGGAGAAAACCCUGUGAAUGUGCUGAGUGUGGAAAAUCCUCAUGUUAGUCAGUUCUCAGAGAGCAUCAGAAAAUCCGUACUGGAGAGAAACCCUGUGCAUGUACUAAAUGUUGGAAAGCCUCUCAGAAAACACCUCAUUAAGCAUCAAUUAGUAAGUACUAGUGAGAAACACCAUGAAUAUGAGUGUGGAAAGCCUUUAUCAUGAAGUCAGUACUUGUCAGACAGUGGAAUACUCAUGGUGGGGAAAAACCCUUUGAUCAUACUGGGUGUUGGAAAGUCUUCUCCCAUAAAACACACUCCAUGAGGAUCAUUUGUGAAAAUCCUCAAGGUAUUGCCUGGAAGAGGCUUAAGAAAUAGAAUGCAUCAGAGAAUCCAGUGUGGGAAAAAUUGUGACUGUGCUUAAUAUGGGAUGGCCUGCAUUUGGAAGUGAGAACCAGUUACCCUUUAUAGAAUUCACACAUAAAUGUUCUGAAUGUAGAUGUCUUAGAACUGUUACAAAUACCACACAGUGGAUUGACUUAAUAGGAAUUUAUUGGCCCAUGGUUUUGAGGCUAGAAGUCUAAAAUCUAGAAAUCAGCCAGGUUUGCUUCCUCCCAGAAGACUGCAGUGUAGUAGUACUGGCUGCAGGCAGUCCUUGGAGUUACUUGGCUUUCCUGUCACAUGGCGAUGUCCUCUUCUUCCUCUUCAGGUUCCCACCAACUUCCUCCUCCCUGUUGCCUUAUAAGGCCUCCAGUAAUCCAGAUCAAGACCUACCCUGAUCCGGUUUGCCAUACCUUCACUAAAGUUAACAUCUUCAAAAGGUCCUAUGUAUAAUGGUUUCACACCCACGGGGAUGUGGAUUAAGAUUAAGAACAUGUCUGUAUUGGAGUAAAUAAUUCAGCCUACCACAGUGGAACAAUGAAUGAUAUAGCUCCAAUCUUCUUAAACUAGGAAACUUAUAUGAGGAAGAAACUGUCAUGUUGGUGUAUUUAAAAAAGCACUCUUAAAGAAACACUUAUAAGGGAUGUGAUUCCAAACUUCUUAUGGAAAAUUAAGGGAAACAAUUCUAAGUUAUAAUUUUAUUCACUGUGGAGUAUGAAGCUUGUCAAAGUAAAAUCAGUUGGAACAACACGGUAAUCAAUUCCAUAUCUGGACGGUUCCCAAAUAAUAGAAUUUAUAUUUCUAGAUACAUUAUAUAAAAUAUCAUAAUGUUGGGAAUUUCUUAUGUAAAUUUUACGUAAUUGUGACAAUAAAAUUCCUCUGUUGAGUACAUAGAAUUACUUAUAUCAUGUUUGUAUUGAGCACUGCCAUUUAAAAUUGUAAAUAAAAUAUACUGGUGUAAUGUGUUUGUUGUUAAAUUGUAAAAUAAAUACCAGAUUUCCAAUUAGAUAUAGUAAAUUGCUCAAAGAGGCAUUGUCCCUGGGAACCCUCUAGAAUGAUGUAAGGUAUUUAACAGAAAUAAAACCUACCACUAAAGAUGAGAAAGGAAAAGAGAUUCCAACAACUGAGAAAUUUGAACAAAUAUAGGGAGUAUGGAAAGAAGUAGUGACGAAGGAAGCCACAUCCUUGAGUGUGCAUGUCAUGAAUAGGAUUUAAAAUGAAUCUGCCCAGAAGAACCUCAAAAUGAUCUGAGCCUCAAACACUAUGAAGCAAUGUGGAAAUAAAAUAUGUUGCUGAUAAUGGGGAGUAAUUGCAAGUUUGGAGAGGAAUUUACCCAUUCUAAGCACGACCUGCCUGAGCAGGUAUCUCCCUUCACAGAAUGAAAAAUCAGAGUCCAUUUCUAAAGAAACGUGACGACUCCAGAAGAAAGCUCUCUGCGUUUGGAAAUUUUAAUACCCUUCCAAUAGAAAACCUGAUUUUCCACCAAAACAUCCUAAAGUGAAUUACACAUAUGUAGAACUCCCUAUCAGUUUUCUGUGGCAUCACUUUUAAAUCUACAUAGGCAACCUCAUAAAAAACUCUUGAGAUCCUUCCAGUAGGAGUGGGAACAAGCAAAGAGAAGUAGCUGACAUCCACAUAGAGAUAAUCCAGCUAAUGGAGAAUUGCUUUAAAAUACCUAAUAUUCUCAGAGACAUUUGAUAAUGUAAGUAAUGGACUAGGCAAAACUAUGAUAUAAAAACAACGUGAUUGGUACAUGAAGGAGCUUUUGGAAAUUAAGAUAAAAGUAUCAAAUUCAAUAGAAGGCCUAGAAGAUAUAUUUGAUUCUUUGAUGAAAGUGGAAAUGGCCAGAUCUCUCCAUUGUAAAGGUACGUUUUCCCUUUAUAAUUAGUUCAUCUGUGAUGUGAUAUUUUGAGACCAUAUGAAUAUUCUGUUUUUUACCCAGUGAUUAAGCACAUAUUGAUAAUUCUUGCCUUAAUAAAGUACAUUAAAUAUUGCAAACUGG